AUGAUUCCGGCCCGCUGUCCCCACGACUGUCGCAGCUUCGGCCGCCGGGGCCUCUCCAGAGCCGGCAGCCUCAGUGAGGCCGCUGUCCCCUUGGGCUCCGGGGCAGUUCCGUGGCUGCGGAGGGAAGAGACCCCAAGCCGGGAGUUCCAGCUCUGCGGAAACGCGGGCUCCGUCCUGGGCCCUGAGGCCUUCCGGGAGGGAGGGGGUCGCCGGGGGAGCUCUAGAUGUCUGUGGAUCCUUUUGGCCCUGGGCAUUGUGUUAUUUCUGUUCAGAAGUGUAUACCUUUAUACACAGUCCAGUAACCACAAGCCACGGCUCCUUCAUCCUGCUCCGGCUGCCGGGAUGCUGAAGCUUCUACCUGAGGAACAUGUCAGGAGCCUCUUUGCCUAUGAUGGAAUCUGGCUCUUCCCGAAAAACCAGUGCAAAUGUGAAGCCUCGGAACAUCAGGGAAGCUAUAACUUUGAGGAUGCCUAUGGCCAGAGUGACCUCCCUGCGGUGAAAAUGAGGAGACAGGCUGAAUUUGAACACUUUCAGAGGAGGUAAUGCAGACUAUGUGGGCUCUUGGGCCCUGAGCCUGUGCGUCCGGAGCCUGUGCUCCCAUCAGGGAGUCCUUGGCAUCCUCUCAAAUGUUGUUUUUUGUCCUUUUUCCUGUGUUCUCCAGGUCUCCAGUUUGAAGGACCAGAUGCUCCCAUCUAUGAGGUCACCCUGACAGCUUCUCUGGGGACACUGAACACCCUCGCUGACAUCCCAGACAGUGUGGUGCAGGGCAGAGGCCAGAAGCAGCUGAACGUUUCGACCAGUAACCGGAAGCUUUUGAAUUUCAUACUCCAGCACGUGACAUACACAAGCACAGAGUAUCAGAGCUGCAGGGUGGAUGUAGUGAGUCUGGAGUCCAAGUCCUCAGUGGCCAAGUUUCCAGUGACCAUCCGCCUUCCUCUUAUGCCCAAGUUAUAUGACCCUGGACCAGAGAGGAAGCUCAGAGACCUGGUGACCAUUGCCACCAAAACUUUCCUCCGUCCCCACAAGCUCAUGACCAUGCUCCAGAGCAUUCGUGAGUAUUACCCAGAUUUGACCGUGAUCGUGGCUGAUGACAGCAAGGAGCCCCUGAAAAUUAAUGACAGCCACGUGGAGUAUUACACCAUGCCUUAUGGGAAGGGUUGGUUUGCUGGUAGGAACCUGGCCAUAUCUCAGGUCACCACCAAAUACAUUCUCUGGGUGGACGAUGACUUUCUCUUCAACGACAAGACCAAGAUUGAGGUGCUGGUGGAUGUCCUAGAGAAGACGGAACUGGACGUGGUAGGCGGCAGUGUGCUUGGAAACAUGUUCCAGUUUAAGCUGUUCCUGGAGCACGGUGAGAAUGGGGACUGUCUCCACCGGCGGUCAGGAUCUUUCCGGCCCCUGGACGGCUUCCCCAGCUGCGUGGUGACCAGUGGUGUUGUCAACUUCUUCCUGGCCCACACAGAGAGGCUCCAAAGAGUUGGCUUCGACCCCCGCCUGCAGAGAGUGGCUCAUUCAGAGUUCUUUAUUGAUGGGCUCGGAAGCCUGCUUGUGGGGUCCUGCUCAAAUGUGAUCGUAGGUCACCAGCCCCGUUCUCCAGUGGCGGACCCAGAGCUGGCAGCCCUGGAGAAGGGCUACAGCGUAUACCGUACCAACACCAGAGCUCAGAUCCAGUUCAAGCUGGCUCUCCAUUACUUCAAGAACCAUCUCCAAUGUGCCACGUAA